AUGUCGGCAAUGCACAUGGCUGAGUAUCAGGGCCAAUCCAACGGGGCUUGUCUCGACGAAAGCUUCGGGGCGGAUAUUAUGAUUGAGGACCUCGGAUCCCGUGACCGUGACCGCGUGCGGCUCGCAACGCCAAAGGACGAUCCCGUAGCUAGCGACACCGAUACCCUUGCAAGAGCAGCCAAGAUCACCCUCUCGUCCACGACGACGUCCCUACAUACCACUCCGCUACUGGACGACUUCAAAAGUGCCCGGAUCCAAGAGCAUGCACCACUGGUGAAUGUUGGGCUGAGAUGCGGUGGUACCGGUGUUGCGCGGAGUGCUGUGGGAGGAGUGCACGUUGCAGCAUGUCCAGUCAUUCCUGGAGUCAUCUACCUAGUGACUCGGUCUCAUGCCGAGACCACCGCCGGGCUGCCAAACGACGUGGUGCAAUGCAGUGACUGGGCCCCUGCGCGCAGGCUGCUGGACAUUGAUCGUCGAGACUCGAGAAGCGUGCAGAACAACACAGGAAAAACCGUGAUCCAGGGUGCCCCCCUACAUACAACUUACAAGCACACAGUCCGAAUUUCCACAAAUCAGAGCCACAAGACAGCUGCCAUCCAGGGUGCACACCCAAGUAGGCAGGUUGUGCAGGUGUGCACUUCACUUCACUUCACCGGAAGAUUCUGGGUAGCUGAAGGGGAGCUGGGGAAGCUGGGGAAGCUUCGACUUUUCGACUCUUUGAGAUUCUGGAUCCGCUGCCAGCAACCGGAUAGGUACCUGUUACUCUAGGCAGUAAGAAGGUAUAUCAGAAUCAGCCAGAGGUCUCGGAAAAGCGUGCUGGCGUGCUAGCGGGCAGGCGGCGAGGGAAUGAAACAUCGCCCACCGUCCACCGCCCGCCACUAGUUAACCAGCCAGCCGAAGAGAGACCGAACGGACCGCGGCCGCCAAUUCAGCGAAUCAGCGCUAAUUGGGCAUGAGGAGGAAGGAGCGGAAAUACUUACAAACCACUCAGCACUGCCCGCUCGAAGAAAUACAAACCCACACACCCACAAGAAGACCGAGGAUGGGGUGUGAGUGGGAUGGGGUGGGGGUUUAUGGGUAUGUGAGAUGUGAAGUGGGGGCGGGGAGUGG